CCCCCGAGGUAGAGCCUGGACGGCGCCGAGGAGCGCGGAGCGGCGCGCAGCCGGCUUGCCCGCCCGCCAGCCAGAGACGGCCGUCCGGCCUCGCGCCCGCCUUUUCCCUCCAGCCCGGACCCCCCUGAAAUAUGUUCAGGGGCGCUUGGAUGUGGCCCGGGAAAGACGCCGCCGCGCUGACUAUCUGCUGCUGCUGCUGGGCUCCCAGGCCGAGCGACAAACCUUGCGCCGACUCCGAGCGGGCGCAGCGAUGGCGACUGUCCCUGGCGUCCCUGCUCUUCUUCACCGUGCUGCUCGCUGACCAUCUGUGGCUGUGCGCGGGGGCCCGGCCCCGGGCCAGGGAGCUGAGCAGCGCCAUGCGGCCGCCCUGGGGGACCGGCCGGGAGCGGCAGCCGGUGCCUCCUCGCGCGGUGCUGCCGCCGCAGCCGCCCGGCCAGCCCAGCGCGCCCCCAGGCACCUGCGGCCCGCGAUACAGCAACCUGACCAAAGCCGCCCCCGCCGCCGGUCCCGGGCCGGACUGCGGCGGCGUCCCAGAACCCACGGGGCUGGACGCAGCUUGCACCAAAUUGCAAUCUUUGCAGAGACUUUUCGAACCGACCACCCCAGCGCCCCCUCUACGGCCCCCCGACUCCCCUUCCCGUGCCCCGGCCGAGUUCCCCACCGCCAAAAAAAACUUGCUCAAAGGCCACUUUCGGAACUUCACUCUUUCCUUUUGCGACACCUACACGGUCUGGGACUUGCUGCUGGGCAUGGACCGCCCCGACAGCCUGGACUGCAGCCUGGACACCCUGCUGGGGGACCUGCUGGCCGUGGUGGCUAGCCCGGGCUCCGGGGCCUGGGAGGUGUGUAGCAACUGUAUCGAGGCGUACCAGCGGCUCGACCGACAUGCUCAGGAAAAAUAUGACGAGUUCGACCUCGUGCUGCAUAAAUACUUACAGGCAGAAGAGUACUCAAUCCGGUCCUGCACGAAAGGCUGUAAGGCUGUCUACAAGGCCUGGCUGUGCUCAGAAUACUUCAGCGUGACCCAGCAGGAAUGCCAGCGCUGGGUGCCCUGCAAGCAAUACUGCCUGGAGGUGCAGACCCGGUGCCCCUUUAUCCUCCCUGACAAUGAGGAAAUGGUGUACGGAGGGCUCCCUGGCUUUAUCUGUACAGGGUUGCUGGAUACUUCGCCAAAGCGGCCGGAAACCAAGUGCUGUGAUGUGCAGUGGGUCUCCUGUGAGUCGGAGAAGAAGAAGUUCAAGGAGUCUGAAGCCCCCAAAACCCACCACCAGCAAUUCCACCACUCUUACUUCCACCACUACCACCAACAGUACCCCCACUACCACCCCCGCCACGACCCCCCAGGCCGCCUCAGCCACAAUCCCUCCCUGCUGCCGGUCUCUGGGGGCUCCCGCCUCAGUCCCAGCAGGAUCCGGCUCUACGUCCUUGUUCUCAUGCUCCUCCAUACCAUGGUGUCCUUCUCCAGCGGCCAGGGUGGUGGGGGGCCGGGCCUGGAGGCGCUGCCUGCCCUAGACGAGGGCCUGACUCGGGAAGAGUGACAGCAAGGAGGGAGAUCAGACCUCCACCACACACCGACAUCAGCUCCAGCGCCCCCCCUCCCAGGGGGAGGGGGAGGGGGCCCCUCCCAGGGGAGGUGUAGGACCAGGUGGGGGGUGGGGUAAAUGGGGCAAUCACACAUCGCCCCCUACCAACCCCCACUCCAAAAGCAGCUCCAACAGAACCGCCAGAGGGCCCCAGGGAGCUGCAAAACUCAUCCGGGAGAAAAAAGGCAGGAGCAGCAGGUGCCCCCCUCCCAGGCCCCCAUCUAUGGGGCUUAGCCAAAAAAAAAGGGGGGAGUGGGGGGUGGAAAUGCCCACCGCCACUGAGAGCCGACCCCAAAGAAGGAGGCUGCUUACCCAGCCUUGGCCCUUCAGGUAAUGUUGGGGGGCACAGAGGGGAGAAGCUCUUUCCCCCCUCCGCAUUCCUUUUGUUGCCACGAUCCUUAAUUCCCUCCUGCCCACACCCCUACAGGCAAUGGCAGACGACGCAGCGGCCCUCCUCCCGCUCCAGCGCACCUUGUCCCAUGUGGGGCCGCCACAGGGAAGGGCCAGGCUGGGACAUGAGGUGUACGCAGUUGCAGCUGGGUCAGGGCCCCAGUUAAGCUGUGCCCCAGCACCCUAGGCGAUGAGGUAUAGGAAUGGGGUGCAGAACGAGUGGCGGGAGAGAGCAGAGACAGGGAAGAGGGAGAGGAGAGGAGAGACGUGAGCAGAGGGCUUAGAGGGAUGGCUCAGUGGGCUGUCACCACCUGGCUUUGGGGAGGCAGAUGAUCAGUGUUGACGCAGGCUCGAGGACACGUCCCCGAAUCAGAAAGGGCUGUGUAAGGAGCCCUCUGGAGAAGGCCUGCGUUCUUGGGCCUUGAAACAGAAGGCUGAGGGCACAUGGUCAGACUGCCGCUGUCUGAAGGGCCAUAUCUUACAGAAGGUGCACACACUCCCAAGGGCCACUCUUGCCCUGGAGAUCUUGGCCUUGGGGCCAAAGACGUUUCCAUUUCUGAUCUCCAUGGGGAGGAGGGACUUAAGCCCAAGAGGGUCAGGCCUGGCCUGGGUCCCCAGACUCCCCCAUCUCGUCCUAGCCCAGGCCUCCAUGAAGGAAACCCUGGUGGCGUUGCCCCAGAGCUUUCCAGAGAUGAGCCUCCCCCAUCCCCAGCCUGCCCCCAUCCCCAGCCUACCAAAGAGUAUUCAUCCCUUCUCAUCCCUGACCCCGUGGGUUACUAUCCCAAUUGUGGAACCACCAGACUGCUCCUCACCCUGUAGCAGGUCCCCUAAUCCAGCCACCCCUGCCCCUAGCUGGAGAAAGUCCAGAAACUGGCAAGAGGAACUGCUAAAUAAAGACGAUGUGCUGUGGUCCCUUGGUUGAGAGACUUGAAGUGUUUAGUCAGGCUAGAGAGCUGCACGAGAGAAGAGGCCUGGAGAGCCCCUUGGGGGCCGUUAGCCUUGUGCCGGUCUCCUAGGAGUGGGAGGCCACAUGGCCUGGGACAUCUACAAGCCAAUAGGAGCAGACGAGAAAGGAAGCCACAACUGUGUUCCUGGGACAGGCCAAGUGGCUUUCAGUGCCAGAAGGGCCUGUGUCCUGGGAUGCAAUGCC